AUGCAAGUGGACUCAUUUUGCCUUUUGAAAUUGCAGCAGCCCAGUAUUUCCCUCAGUGAUCCUGAUGGACUGUUUCACGUGGGGCCUCAGGGGCCAGUGAUCACCAGGGGUCACAGUUUCACUAUCAUCUGUUCAGCUCAAUCUCAGUUUCCUGGAGGAUCUUUUCAACUGAUCAGAGGGUCAAGCAUCACCAGAACUGAGUCAGCUGUCAGUCACUCUGCCUCCUUCUUAUUUCCUAAGGCAGAUUUUUCCCACGAGGGAAACUACAGUUGUGUUUAUGAAGUCAGUGUCUCCUCACGCUCCUUCCGUUCAUCUGACUCUGAACUGCUGCUCAUCACUAUCACAGUGAUCUUGCAGCAGCCCAGUAUUUCCCUCAGUGAUCCUGAUGGAUUGUUUCAUGUGGGGCCUCAGGGGCCAGUGAUCACCAGGGGUCACAGUUUCACUAUCAUCUGUAACGCUGAUUCUCAGUAUCCUGGAGGAUCUUUUCACCUGUUCAGAGGAUCAAGCAUCACCAGGACUGAGUCAGCUGUCAGUCACUCUGCCUCAUUCUUCUUUCCUGAAGCAGAUUUUUCCCACGAGGGAAACUACAGUUGUGUUUAUGUAGUCACUCUCUCCUCACGCUCCUUCCGUUCAUCUGACUCUGAACUGCUGCUCAUCACUAUCACAGGUAAUGAUGUAUAA